AUGAGCCGUGCCAUGGGGGACAAAAAUAUCUCGUCUGAAACAUUGUCCGUCUAUGAAGAAAAGCGGCCGUUCAAGUCACAGGCCUAUCUGCAAAAGAGCGGUGCGAAUGGGGCGCCCGUAGCUCCUCGGCGCAACAAGACCCUGAAGCAAAUUCUGAACCAGGAGCGCGACAUGUUCUUGCAGCAGCGAAUGGCGGACGAGACUGCGAGCAAGCGGUUAAAGACCGACGCAGCCGGUGCUGCUGAUGCCAUGGAUGUCGACGCACCGAAGGCGCCCCCACGCAGCGUGCCUACAUACACGAGUGUCCAAGCGCCACCAAGCCUGCUACCUGCGAAAAAAUAUUGCGACAUUACAGGUCUCGUGGGAAACUACACCGACCCCAAAACGCGCCUGCGUUACCACAGCGUAGAAGUAUACGACAUAAUCAAGGGCUUUGUACCCGGGGUCGACAAUACCUAUCUGGCGCUCCGCGGAGAUGCCUCACAGCUCAAGUAG